AUGAAAGGGCCCCUUAUAGAAAAGACUGGAAUAGACACGACCAAAAUAGACACGACCGGAUACGUUGUGUUCAUGGUCGAAAUUGAAGCGGAGAGGGAUUUACUCGUACCUUAUGGCACCAUUCUUGUCAUGUGUCUUAGUAGUCAGUCAAUCCUUGUUGACAGAAAAAAUAAAGAUGACGCAACGGAGAGGGAUUUACUCGUACCUUAUGGCAUCAUUCUUGUCAUGUGUCUUAGUAGUCAGUCAAUCCUUGUUGACAGAAAAAAUAAAGAUGACCCAAGUAUUGUUUGUAUUGCCAAGCGUGAGGAGCUCUCCAGUAAAUUUGCUAUUAAUGGAAUAAGUCUUUUACCGAAUGAUUCCACCUUAGGAGAAGUAGUUGUUCUUAUGCCGGCAAAGGAAGUCCAAAAUUUUUCCAUGAUGUUCAAGGCUAUGGAUCUCUACCUUGUAGCAUUUAAGUUCCUCGAAGGAGCAAAGUGGAAUCGGCUCCGUAUUGCGAAGGACGUGGAUGAUGUCAAGUUCUACGGCAAUUACCAAUCUAUGUUAUCGAUGGCGGGAUAUGGUACCAUAGUUGACAUAAUUGUCAACAAAUCGAGCCUCGAAAAUGCCAUCCACACACUGGGGAAAAAAGACCACGUCCAACCGAAAAUAAUUGCUAGGGCAAUCUUGCAGCUAAUCCUUUUCUUUUGUGAGAGCGCACGGUUCGAUCAAGUUGAAGCGCAUUGUUCCUACUUUCUAGAACCUACAAAAGAACGAAGUCACGUCUCAAUCUCCAACCUACCUAUGUUGUUGACUCAUUGGAAGAAACUCUCAAUCAUAGCUGCGACAAGGUUGCAAAAUAGUUGUAGACUUGCCUUGUUGGAGAGCUAUGGCUUGACCACAAGAGAAAACGAGCUGGUUACAACUUUGGGGGACGCGAGGAAGGAGGUAAAGCUCCUGCAUGGGACCUCGCCCCUCGACGCACAUGAACUGGAGAGCAAGUUCGAAACUUUUAGGCGGGAAGUCUUCACCUCUUUCCACGCAGAGUGGCGUGAGGAGCUCUCUUGUAAAUUUGCUAUUAAUGGGAUAAGUCUUUUACCGAAUGAUUCCACCUUAGGGGAAGUAAUUGUUCUUAUGCCGGCAAAGGAAGUCCAGAAUUUUUCCAUGAUGUUCAAGGCUAUGGAUCUCUACCUUGUAGCAUUUAAGUUCCUCGAGCAAAGUGGAAUCGGCUCCAUUGCGAAGGACGUGGAUGAUGUCAAGUUCUACGGCAAUUACCAAUCUAUGUUAUCGAUGGCGGGGUAUGGUACCAUAGCUGACAUAAUUGUAAACAAAUCAAGCCUCGAAAAUGCCAUCCACACACUGGGGAAAAGAGACCACGUCCAACCGAAAAUAAUUGCUAGGGCAAUCUUGCAGCUAAUCAUUUUCUUUUGUGAGAGCGCGCGGUUCGAUCAAGUUGAAGCGCAUUGUUCCUACUUUCUAGAACCUACAAAAGAACGAAGUCACGUCUCAAUCUCCAAUCUACCUAGGUUGUUGACUCAUUGGAAGAAACUCUCAAUCAUAGCUGCGACAAGGUUGCAAAAUAGUUGUAGACUUGCCUUGUUGGAGAGCUAUGGCUUGACCACAAGAGAAAACGAGCUGAUUACAACUUUGGGGGACGCGAGGAAGGAGGUAAAGCUCCUGCAUGGGACCUCGCCCCUCGACGCACAUGAACUGGAGAGCAAGUAUGCGGUUCGUGGAUUUGAAGAGAGAGUCUGCUGCUGUCAAGAAGUCCACCUACUGGAGGGACUUUAA